AUGUUCUGUUCAGGAGGCUCUGGAGGAGGAGGCUCUGGAGGAGGAGGAGGCAGCUCUGGAGAGGCAACUCCAACCCCUGACGAGGAUAAUACCUGCUUUUCCGCAACCGCUUCUGUUGAGGUUUUGGGCACAGGACAAGUGGAAAUGCAGAAACUCAAGGUGGGUGACAAGGUGCUUACUGCCACUGAAACUGACAAAGCUGAAUAUCAGCCGGUGUAUGCAUUUGGUCAUCGAAGCCCAACUGCCUUGGGGCGGUUCCUUCAAAUCACCACUGAUACCGAUACUCUCGAAAUUACCAGUGAACAUUUGCUCUAUGUUGCUGGCAAGAGCCACCCUGUCCGUGCUGAUUCCAUCAUUGUUGGAGACAAGCUUCAGACUGCUGAUGGUUCUGCCAACAAGGUUCAGAAAAUCAAGACUGUCAUGAAAGAUGGGCUCUAUGCGCCAUUGACUCCCAGUGGAAAGCUUGUCGUCAACCGCAUCCAGACUUCGGCCUACAUUGCUCUUCAGAAGGAUGACCAGGAGAUGUUCACCACCCUCAACGGUCUCAUCACUAUCCCCCAUUCCUCUUACAUUCAUUUGUAUCUUGCCCCUCUUCGUGUUGUCUGUCUUGGGGUCUCUUCCAUGCCCUGCCAACUAAUGCAUGAGAAUGGAAUGCCUCUCUACAUCAAAUGGGGGAUUGAUGCCAUUAAUAUGGCCCACAGAGACUCCAAUGUCUAUGCAGAACUCCUCUUUGUUGUCAUCAGUGGCAUUUUUUUGUCAGGAUUUGUUGCUGUGGAGGCUCUCUUUGGUGCUUCCAUGGGACCACUGAUUGUCUUUUCUGUUUGUGUUGCUUACUCAGUUGUUCGCAAGACCCAUGCUGUCAAGACCAACAAUGCGAAGAAGGCAGCCUGAUGCUGGUAUACAUAGCUGAACAGUUGUUAAAUUAGAUGAGUGAAGAAAUUUGAUAGCAUUUUUGAUAUAGCAAGAA